AUGCCAGAGUUACAUCAACUACUCUAUUUCACCAAUAUAAUCUCUAUAUUCUUUGGAUUAUGGUAUGAAGGAAUCAGAAUGUGCUAGUUUCCCAACGUCAUUAGCAUUCUAUUUGUAUCUAGCAUCUUGGAGUUAUAUAGAAAGUACUUUUUGCUCAAAAUUAUCAAUGUUAUCUUGUUUUCAAUAAGUUUGAUUGGCUUUUUCAUGUUUGGAGACUACUAAUUUGAGAGGUAUCCAAAAGGAUUCGAUCCUUACAGAGUUGGAUUCAAAAAAAUUAAGUCUGAUAAGAAUGGUAACACAGUGGGAGUGUUUUACCCCAUUGACAUUGCUUAUUAUGAGAAACAUAAAAAUGAUAAGAAGUUCUAUAAACUUGAUAGAAGCGUCUACAGUGAGCUAAUGAAAGGAUUUAGUAAUUUAUUUCAACUAGGAUAGAAAGAAACUAAAGAGAUCUCCAGUUUGGUUAUGAGACCUAUGAUGAAUCAUACACUAGAUAUCAUUGAAAAUGCUCCUCUAGCUGCACCAUUUUUAAACAGAGAAAAAGAACUCAUCCCAAUUGUUUUCUCUCAUUCACUUGGAGGCUAUCAUAUGUCUUAAACAAUGACAAUGAUGGAUUAUGCAAAGCAUGGUUACAUUGUGUUUGGUCCUGACCAUCAAGAUGGAUCUUGCUUAAUGACUUUUGAUAAAGAUGGCAAAGUGAUACUUUUUGAUAAUAAGCAUAAGAUUGCUGAAAAACCAAUUAGAGUUUAGUAAUUGAAUAGAAGAGUCGAGGAAAUUAUUACUUUUAUGGACGAACUAUUAUAAUAAAACAUUGUUGAGAAGAAACUUGGAUUUCUAGAUAUCAAGUUUGCAACUGAUAAACUUAUCAUUAGUGGAAUGUCAUUUGGAGGUAUUACAGCUUUGAAGGUAGCUCAAAAAGAUAUGAGACCAAGAGCAGUUUUAGUCUUUGAUCCUUGGCUGUUUCCUUGCUUUGAAGAAAUAUAUGGAGGAGGUGUAAAAAUCUUCUAGCCAAUCCAAGUAAUUUUCACUGAGUAUUUUCCAAAAUUCACUCAUCCACUUGAUAUCUUUGGAUGCAUGAAAAAGCUUUUGGAUGAUAGCAUGAAUCUUAAGAAUGAAGUUUUGAUACUUAAAACAGGGUAUCACACAGAUAUCGUUGAUUAUGUUCUGUUUUAGAAUUUGGAAUUUACUUUAAUUGAGAAAAGAGAGUUAUAUUUUGACAGACAUGAUAUAUACUUUACAGCUAAUUAAUUAGCAUUACACUACUUAGCUAAGUUGGAUAAUGCUACAUCUCAUUCUGCUAUAGAAAUUCUAAAGUAAUUAGACUUCAGAUUUAAGAAAUAUGUGAAAUAUGAUCUUGAAUAUGAUCCUAGCAAGCCACUCGAUCAAAAUUAGAAAGAUAUAGACGAGUAGGAAGCUAAAAUCAUUAAGCCUCACGUGAUAUACCCUAAAUAAUGA